CUGGUUUGUCUGCUACCGAGACCCGGUUCUGCAGAGCUGGCAGGUGUUGCAGGAGCUCAGAGAGAUGAAGAGGAGGCUGCAGGAGGUAGGGUUGGCAGGUGCGCGUGAAAAGGGUCUAGACUCAAAGUCCGGUUUGCUGGCAGGAGGAUCUCAGGUCUUUGUAGUCCCAUCAGGUGGACCAGCAGCUCCCACUGGGGAGGUGUUUUAGGUAUAGGAGGAGAUUCUGAAUGGUCCUGGUCUUCCUGCUAGGGCUGCCGCCCCUUGAGACAUUUUUAAUUUGGCAAAACAAGCGUUUUUACAUUUUUCAGGAUAGUUUCAGGGUUAGGGUUCCCGAGAACUGUCUCUGAGUUUGGACUCUUGUUAGGGUUUAGUGGGUUUCAGGUGUGAAACCUCUCUGGACUCCUCAUGUUGCAGCAUCCUUACCACUUGGCCCGCCGACACUCAGGUGCGCCCUGAGCUUCAUCUCGUGUUCGAAACAGCUGAUUUUAUUUCUGUCGCCUCUUCUGUUUUAAUGUCAGUCAUUAAAAAAGAGUUUGUGAACCUUGCCUCACUGCAGCACCUCCUUUUCUGCUCGGUGACCAGGCCAACCCAGGACAGAGAUGCUGUAACUCAACAGAACCAGAACUGAAAAUCCCACUCAGAGUUUUUCUGUCUGAUUCUAUAAAUCGCUAUAAACCUGCAGCCAUCUUCAUUCGUUUUCUGCACUAAUUCAUCACAAUGGUCACAGGUACCGGUGUCUGCACCCUCCACCAGGUGAGAGGCGGACAACACCUUGUCAUGUUGUGGUGUAGAUGUCUAACCCACGACAUACACGAUCAGCUUGAGACGUGGAAAGGGUUUAAAUAAGAAUUUAUUAAAAGGGAACCCAAGGAAGCAGCUUGAACGUAGCCGAGUUCUUUCACAAAGGGAGCUGGUGCGGGAAAUCUGUGGACAGAUGGGAGUUAGAUCCAACUCGAAGGGGAAAACAAGGAAUCUGAAUUGUGCGGAGGACUUAGUCUGGAGAGGGGGAAAAGUAGCUCGAGAGAGGAGUGGUCCGGUCUGGGCUGAGAGGGGAUUCCUGAGACUGGGAUCCAGAAGGGGAGACGUGGAGGGAGCUGAGUUUGUGGAGAUCCAGGGAGCUUAGGUGGGCUGUUGGAGGUGGUUCUGGCCAGGGAGAAGCUGAGAGACAAGCAGGUUGGAGUUCCAGAGAAUAGCCAGUCGGGGAUGAAGGUGGAGGUUUGAUGUGGUGAACGAGAGCAGGAAGGGUAAAAUGCAAAAUCCAAAACACAUCUAAAGUCUCAAAAGGUCCUAAGAGCUCGAAAGUACUGCGAAGAGGUGGCUUAGAAGGUACCCAGGUAGAGUAAUCAUCCAGCGAAGUGUAGAAGUCUCUCAGCUGCUUAAAUACACCUGGCUGGCUGAUGAACAGAUCUGCUGCAGCUUGGUCACCUCCAGACACGCCCACCUGCAGAGGGAAAACUCAAGAGACAGGGAGUGACAGCAGGAAUCCACCUCAGACCGUGACACACCUGGACAGGUCUCCAGCCCAUCACAGGGAUGCCGGGACAGCCACACACACACACACACUUAGUGAUUAGUCUCUAAUUAGCCUGAUUUGCAUGUUUUUGGUCUGCGGGAGGAAGCCCACACAUCACCUGUAAAGGUUUGCAUCCCCCGUUCCUUAAUUUGUUGUCAUGGAAACCGAACAGGAAGCGAGUGCGUGCAUCCACGCCCCCUCCAGCUCCGUCGCCGCACGCGCACCGGGAGAAGCAGCCUGCGCUGAUCGACCGUCUGAAGCGGCAGCCUGCUAUCGGUCCGGACCGCCCGAACCGGUCAGUGCGCGUGUGUGUGACCCGGUUUGUUCUGCUGCUGUAGACCGGGGGCGCGCUCUUCCCCCGCAACAACGUCUCUUUCAUGACCGGAUUUGUGUUUUGCUGCGCGAUGUACAUGGACCGAAGCAGCGCGACCAGGGGCCCCGCCUCCUCCUCCAGUCCCAGCUUGCUGAGUAAGACCCUCUCUCUGGAGCCAUCCUGCUCUUCAUGUGGUCACCAACAGGUCUUGGAUACUGAUGCUCCUGAGCUGUCCAGCUCUGACUUGGGGCCCAGUUCAGCAGAGGAAGGGGCGGAGCUUGAGUGUUGCGGCUCCGUGAUUGACACGGGUCCUCCAGAGCUACCAGCUACCACAAUAACACCAAUAAACAAGAUCCGACCACUGCUGCCAGGGCCCAAGCCUCAGGUUCCGCCAAAGCCCCCCCAUCUCCAACAGCAGACAGGCGGGUCAAGGCUCCGCUCUCGAGUCUCCGACAAGCCCCUCCCACCUCCACCACCCUGCAGAGCCAUACCAGCAGAUCAAUGGGGGGGACGCACUCCUCCAAUCCACGCAGAUGGCACCUCCUCCCCCACUUGUGUGUUGUCACUCAUUGAGAAGUUUGAGCGGGAGCAGAUUAUUGUGGUCCCGGACAUCACUGGGGGGGCCAUGUGUCCCCGCCCACUGGACCCCCCCUCUCCUCGACCUUCAUGGCCACCAACGUCAUCCUCAUCCACCACUCCUCUACCUGAGGAGGGAGAGUCACUGCGUGAGGCCACAAGACCUGAUGACAUCACACAUGGUGGUGAUGGAGAGGAGGAGUUAUGUGAAGAUGAUGACGAGGAGGAAGAUGAAGAGCUGAUGGCGGCGUGCAGUGACAUUCCCCAUGAGAAGCGUUUGUCCAUCGAACCUGAUUGCUGUACCUCAGAGAAACACCUGGAAGAUGAUGCUGCUGCUGUAGAAACAUCAGACCUGCAGCAGAGGCUGCUUCUUGACCAAUCAGAGCUGCCCUCUGAGCGUCUGUCCCUCCCCUCCUCACAGACAGAUGGGAAGUUGGCUAAUCGGGACAGUGGCAUUGACAGCAUCAGCUCACCCUCCCACAGCGAGGAAUUCUGCUUUGCCGGCGUGGAUGAUGGAGUUGUGGCCUAUCCCUGUAGCCCCGCCCUCCUUCCCCGCCUCUCCAGCUCAUCGUCUUAUGCCGGAGAGGGAGGUGAGGGGGACGAAGGUGAGAUGAGAGGAGGAGUUAGAGGAAGGGGGCUGUCUGAGGAGGGAGACAGUGACCUCGACGAGGAGGUGGAGCUGACUCUCGUGCUAACCCCUCCCAAGACUGAUAGACAGGAUUCUGCCGAGCUGUCCGUCCAUCAGAGAGUUUUCAACAUUGCCAACGAGCUGCUGCACACGGAGCUCACCUACGUAUCUAAGCUCCACCUGCUGGAUCAGGUCUUCUGUGCCAGACUCAUGGAGGAAGCUCAGUCUCGCCCCUUCUUCCCUCCCGAUGUCAUUCAGGGAAUCUUCUCAAACAUCUGCUCCAUCUACUGCUUUCAUCAGCAGUUCCUGCUGCCGGCUCUGCAGAAACGCAUGGAGGAGUGGGACUCAAACCCACGAAUUGGCGACAUCUUGCAGAAGUUGGCUCCUUUUCUUAAGAUGUACGGAGAAUAUGUGAAAAACUUUGACCGAGCCAUGGAACUGGUAAACACAUGGAUGGAAAGAUCAUCCCAGUUUAAAACCAUCAUCCAGGAAAUCCAGAGAGAAGAGCGCUGUGGGAACCUGACCCUGCAGCACCACAUGCUGGAGCCAGUUCAGAGGAUUCCUCGCUACGAGCUUCUGCUCAAGGACUACCUGAACCGACUCCCAGAGGACGCUCCGGAUUACAGAGAUGCCCAGAAGUCUCUGGAGCUGAUUGCGACAGCAGCAGAACACUCCAACGCAGCCAUAAGGAAAACGGAGAGAAUGAGGAAGUUGUUAAAGGUCUACGAGUUGUUGGGAGGAGAAGAAGACAUUGUAAAUCCGACUAACGAGCUCAUCAAAGAAGGACACAUCCUGAAACUGUCGAACAAGAAUGGCACUACACAAGACCGAUACCUCAUCCUGUUUAAUGACAGGCUGCUGUACUGCGUCCCAAAGCUGCGUCUGAUUGGUCAGAAAUAUGGGGUCCGGGCUCGAAUCGAUGUGGAUGGGAUGGAGCUGAAGGAGAUGAGCAGUGCUGCGGUUCCGAGGACAUUCCUGGUGUCAGGAAAACCGAGAUCCCUGGAGCUGCAGGCCCGGACAGAGGGAGAGAAGAAGGACUGGAUUCAGGCCAUCCAGGCGACCAUCCAGCGCCACGAGCAGGCCAUGGAGAGUUUCCGACAGCUGAACUGUUCGCUGAGAGAUGACCAGUCCUCUCCGCCUCACUCACCGAGCUGCAUGGAGUUGGGAAAACGAGCUCCGACUCCAAUCAGAGAGAAGGAAGUAACUCUGUGCAUGAAGUGUCAGGAACCCUUCAACUCCAUCACCAAAAGACGACAUCACUGCAAAGCAUGCGGACACGUGGUCUGUGGUAAGUGCUCUGAGUUCCGUGCUCGUCUGUCGUACGACAACAACCGAACCAACCGUGUUUGCGUUGAUUGCUACGUAACACUGGUGGGAGUGUCGCCGUCACCCUGUGGAGUGAGCAGCAGCAACCAGAGGAGGCGUUCCAUUCUGGAGAAACAGGCCUCACUGGCAGCCGAGAACAGCGUGAUUUGUAGUUUUCUUCAUCACAUGGAGAAAGGAAGUGGGCGGGGCUGGCAGAAGGCGUGGUUUGUCAUCCCUGAAAACGAGCCUCUGGUGCUGUACAUCUACGGAGCGCCGCAGGAUGUGAAGGCGCAGCGGAGCGUUCCUCUGAUUGGCUUUGAGAUCUCUUUACCGGAGUCAUGUGAUCGCUUGGAGCGACGACACGCCUUUAAGAUUUCACAGAGUCACCUAACCCUUUACUUCAGCGCAGAGGGGGAGGAGCUACAACGCAGGUGGAUGGACAUCCUGUCGAGGGCCGGGAGAGGGGAGGAGCCUCUGAGCCACCAACCAAUUAUAGAGAGUCUUGAAGAGGAAGGGGAGGGGCUUGGCGAUGAGAUCGAAGGAGAUGACACAUGAUUCCAGCUGAUGAAGAAUAACGAUGAAGACCUUACCGGAUAGUAGAACAAAUAUGAGACUAGACCUGUCUUAAACCCAAACCUCCAUAACCGUUCCUGAAACCAAACCAGAAUCAAUCUAAAGUAAAACCGGACAAAACCAGAUCAAAUUAGGACCUAAUCACAAGUCUGACACGAGGAGAAGUCCAACUUCCAGAAGAAACCAAGUUAUGGACCAGUUCAGCUGCCAAAUACUCCUCACAGCACAUCUGAUGGACACACGCAGCUCUCUGAUUGGACCGCAGAAUAUAAAGCACACUGAACGAACUGAUCUCUGAGGUUCUAACAGACCUCAAACACGUUGUGGGGCUGGUUCAGGAGCCGGGACCUUCUUCAUUAGGUGUGGAAAAUGUUUUUUUAUGAAAGUGUAAAUCUCAACCAAUCAGAUGAGGGAAUAAAGAAAGCAGCAUCGCUCAAGAACCAUUUCACAGUGCAGAUGUUUCUGUGGUGGACAUCUGCUGGAUGUCUUCUACUGAAAGGCUGCUCCACUCUGUCGUUCAUCUCAGGACCUUCUCACCUAUCACCAGACCCUCCUACAACAAAUCAGCAGCGUUCAGAUCUGCAGACCCUGUCCACAAACCUCCCGCCAGACCUGAACCCAGAAGGUCCUCUGAAACAACCCUCCGAGAAAGAUCACGAGGCCCAAAUGUAAAUCUAAACUUUACGGUUCGCCUUCAUUAUUUCAGCAGAAAGAUAAAGUUCUGCAGGAUGGAUCAGGACCUUAAAACAUCAGCAGACACAAACGUUUCCUUCAGAAGUCGGACUGAACAAUUCUGACUUCCAAAAAGCUGAUGGUCCCUGGAGGUGAACUACAUUACCCAGCAUCCUCUGCCCUGACUGGUUGGCCUGUACUUAAUCUACUGAUGUUGGGUACUGCAGCUUGUGCAUCCUAAGGAGGUCCUCCAGCCCCGGUUCCUCCUACUUAGAAAUAGAUCUCCAGAUCUUUGUGUUCAGGUUUUUUUUUAACUGACCGACUUUUGGAGACAAAACUAUAAAAAUGUGAAUUUUAACAGGAACUCGUUCUGAAAGACGUGAUCAUGUUUGUUCUGAAGUUCUUCUGUAAAGGUGAUGUUUAGAAGAUCAACACAAAAAAGUUGCGAAAACAAAAACAAAGAAGGAAAGACGCUUGAAUGAAAAACAAGUCGAGUGACUUUGGAACAUUUUAGCCUUUUUCAGCUUUAAGUGUUUGAAUCUGAUGAGUUUUAGUUUUUAAAUAUUUCAUGUAAAUAAAAAUAACUUUCUAAAUGGUUUUAUGAUGAUGAUGAAGGUGGAGCUAAUAAUGGUGGUGUGAUGAUGAUGAUGAUGAUUGUGAUGAUGAUGGUGUUGA